CUGUCUCUUCUCUUUCAGAUAUUUAUGUUUUUGGUGUGGGGGCAGAAAUUAACGAGGAGGAAAUCAACAAGUUGGUGUCGAAGAAGGAUUCAGAAAGGCAUUUCUACAAACUAAAGGAUGACACCAAACUGACAUCCUUGUUCAAAAAGAUUAUAGAUGAGAGUAACAGUAUAGGCCUGUGUGGGCUAACCUGGGACCGCGAUGGCGUUGAUUUGAAGGCUUUCAAACGCCAGGAAUAUCCUUGGCUGGUCAAAAUCUCUGUCGAUGUCGGAAGUGAGCAUAGCUCUUGCAUGGGUGCCCUCGUUACACCUAGAUUUGUCCUUACUGCUGCUCACUGCUUCAGGGAGAAGCAGAUAAGUAGCAUUAAAGUCAACUUCCCUGAUCAGAAAGAUUCAGAAAUGCCGGUGGAGCAGAAACCUAUAAUUCAUCCAGAAUAUGAUGUCUUUAAGAAGAAGGACAAAGGGGUUUCAGAGUUUUAUGACUACGAUGUGGCACUCUUGAAGUUGGAUAGUGAUGUCCAAAUGUCUAAAUAUACCAGGCCCAUCUGUAUUCCUUGUACUAUAUCAUCCAUCCGUGCAUCAGGUCUCCAUAUUUCAACAACCUGUAAGGCACAGGAGGAAUUCUUAUUGAAUCAGAAUUCUGUACCUGCCAGAUUCAUGUCUGAGUGGAAUGGUGAUAUGUACGAGAAGGAUGUUCAAAUCAAGUUGAAAGAAAAGAGGGAGAGCUGUAUUAAGGAUGCAGAGGAAGCUGAAGGCAUUAAAAACUACACGGAGGCUGUGACUAAGAACUUCCUGUGUACAGGAGGGAGAGAAGACCAAGUUGAGGAUGUUGCCUGCAAAGGUGACUCUGGUGGCGCCCUGUAUCUGAAAAAUCUAAAACGUCGGAUUCAGGUGGGUGUGAUCAGCUGGGGGGUUAAGGACCUGUGUAUGAGUAAUAAUAUCCCAAAGCCUCCUUCAACUGCAACUACUCGAGAUUACCACAUCAACCUAUUCCGAAUGCAGAAGUUCCUCAAGGAGCACCUAGGAGAAAAAACAUAUGAAACUGAUUAUGAGCCUUUAAAAUUUGUUGACUGAUAAUCAUAUGUGUAACUUGCAUACAUACACUACCGGUCAAAAGUUUUAGAACACCUACUCAUGCAAGGGUUUUUCUUUAUUUUUACAA